AUGGCCCGCUUCGGCGGCAAGAAAGAUCGGCUGGCAGCGAUUUUCUUCUUCCUCAGAGGAGUCGUCUUCCUCGGAGAGUAUCCAGCCGCCUCAGAUUGCGAGGCGUGUGGCUCUACAUAUGGCAUCACGGCUACGCCGCCUUCAUCCUAUUGGUAUCUUCGAGGGUUCGAUAUUGUGUCUAUGGCUGAGUACGUCGAUCACUUCAGCUUCAUGGCCUACGACAUCCAUGGAACAUGGGACGCCGACAGCAAUUAUACAUCUGCUGUUGUUAAUCCCCACACCAACCUUACAGAAAUCGCAGAAGGCUUUCAUGGGCGCUCCUUUACUCUGGCGGACGAAAGUUGUACUGUCCCAGGAUGCCCUUUCGACACUUCCGCCUACGGAAACGGAGGAGGAGCUCCUGGUCCCUGCACCGACACGGUUGGGAUUCUCACCGACUAUGAAAUCAACCAAGUCAUACAAGAUUAUUCGCCUAAUCUGGUCUACGAGGAGGAAGCUGCGGUGAACUGGAUGACUUGGGAAGGCAACCAAUGGGUCUCUUUUGACAACUCGAAGACCCUAAAACAAAGAGCCGAUUUUGCGAAUGCGAGGUGCCUGGGUAGUCUUUUCUCCUGGGCGCUGGAUGAAGGCGGCCCAGCGAAAAGCUACAUUAGAGGCAGCCUUCUCUACGGUAAUGGGACCAGCGAUGGAACUGGCGAGUGCUAUACUGAUGGUAAGCAUGCCGGGUUCGGCUGCGGCGUCUUCAUCAAAGGCAGCGGCUGCAAGAUCAAGGGUACCAUCAUGCAGGCUGCCUAUGAUCAUCUCAUGGAAGCGGACUUAGGAGGGUGCAAGAUCUGUGGCUCGGUGACGUUCUCCAAUGGAUGCGAGCUGGUCGUCGAUUAUGUUCAUGGUUGCGAAACGGAAAACAACGGGCCUGCGCAGCUCAUUAACAACCCGUUUCCGAGCAUUGAGGGAUAUUUCUCGAGCUCUGCUAAGCUGUCCCCAUCACCUUCGUCCUCGUCCUGGAUUUCAGACUCCAUGGGCCAACAUGGCUCCUUCCUCUCCAAGAUUUCUUCUGUCCGACCAUCUCCGACCGCCUAUGUGAUCUCUCCGGCCGGAAAUACCUACACGAUUGAUGCCAGUCACAGUGCCUCCGCUCCUGCUGUCUCUCCACUCCAUAGUUCUUCAUCUUCGGGGCGGGGUUCCUCCGUUCGUGCUCUACACCCGCCGGCGGCCUCCAAUUACCGCUCCUCAGUGGCCGCUGUUUCUGCUGUUUCUGCUGUUACUGCUCAAUCUGAGACACGGAAACCUCAUGGAGUCGAACCUUACAGUUCCACACACACCAUCCACCCCACCUCAACCACUGCGUCGAUCCCUUCACCCACAGCGUCGUCGACACCUUUGUCCUUCGCCAAUCCCUCCGCCCAUAACUCGACUAUCCCUCGGAAAGGAUCGACAUCAAGCAGAAGCUUAAGAUUCCCUGGGCGAUCAAAGGUUAGAUCUGCGCGGAUCUGAAUAUGUUGUAGAAUGGGGAAGAAGCUGGACUGCCAAACUCAAUGUAUAUAGUGUAUUAGUAAUUGUGUUGUAACUACUAUUUCCACAGGCCCUACCCUACUAAGGCAAACAUACCGAAACACAAACGCCCUGUCGAACAGAAGAAC